AUGGCAGGCGUAGCAAUCAGCGAUGAUGUUGUCCAAUCCUUCAACAACAUGAAGCUCAAGAAGGAAGAUACUCCAUCACAAGCUAUUAAAUUCAAAAUGUCCAACGAUUUGAAGUCAGUUGAAGUUUUGGAAAAGGUCCCAAAGGGAACUUCAUAUGAUGAUAUUGUUGCUUCUCUCCCUGAAGAUGAUUGUUUGUAUGCUGUUGUUGAUUUCCACUAUGAUAACGAGGAUGGUCACCGUGAGAAGAUGAUUUUCAUCAACUGGGCUCCAGUCAAGGCUCCAAUCAAGAAGAAGAUGGUCUACGCUGCUACUAAAGGAAGUGUGAAGGAUAAGUUGGUUGGUAUUUCAUUGGAAAUUCAAGCUACCGAUAAGAGUGAAGUUGAUUCCAAGACUGUUAUUGAUAAGUGCAACCUCAUUUCUAAAUAA